CAGUCUACACAGCAGCCUGCCCUAACUCCUCCACUUAUUUCCACCAGCUCUUAACAUCCCACACUGUUAUCUCAGGGAGGGAAGACACAAUAAUAUCUCUGCGAGACUAACUGCAGCCUGGACUUGUCUGUCCAGUUAGAAGCACUUGGAAGGCUGUAGAUCUGCUGGUCAGGUGUAAACAUGGCAUGUCACUCUACAUCAGGGGAGGUGAGAUGACCCCCAGGAGACCACAAGUGUUGUCAUGUAGCACUGGGUCUUCUGUCAGGAGUCUCUGGAGCACAUAGCCUUUGAUGGGACCUGUGUGCAUAGACUAGACAGCACAACAUUGUGGACCUACAGCACUAAUAUUAUUGGGAGGACUAGAUACAAUUACAGGCAUAUCCUAUGCACCUUCUAUGUACUACUGACCAUGGAGGCUCUUCUCUCUCUGGUGACACUCUUUGCAGCCUCGGCACUGGCUACAGGGAUUAACACCAUGGCUACAAUUGCAUCUCAGCGAGAUAAAGCGUGUAAUCCUAGGAUGGGUAAUUUAGCUAUUGGCCGGAGAUUAUGGACAGACACAGUUUGUGGCUCCAACAACACAGAACUAUAUUGCACAUAUACUGAGUAUCCAGACCAAACUUGCAAGGAACCAAAAUGUGACAAAUGUAAUGAUGCAGUCCCCCGGCUAUCACAUCCAGCAUCUGCAAUGGCGGAUUCAACGUUCAAAAUACCACGCACGUGGUGGCAGUCAGCCAGGGAUAUCCAGAGGGAAAUUAUACAGUUAAAUUUAGAAACCACAUUCUACUUUACCCAUCUGAUUAUGGUAUUUAAGUCCACCAGACCGGCAGCCAUGAUUCUGGAGGGUUCACAGGAUUUUGGCUUCACUUGGCGUCCAUAUAAGUAUUUCUCCACAAACUGCACAGAAAGUUUUCAGCUUGAGGAUGAUGUUAAUGUAAAAGGGGCUAUUUGCACAUCUCGAUACUCACAAGCAUUUCCAUGUAGUGGAGGGGAGGUUAUUUACAGAACAAUGUCACCACCAUAUUCAACUGUGGAUCCCUAUAGUCAAAAGGCUCAGGAUCAGCUGAAGAUUACUAACCUACGUGUACAGCUACUGAAGCAACAAAGUUGCCCGUGUCAGAAUAAAAAUGUAGAUAUUAAGCCACAUUCUCUAGCACAUUAUGCUGUUUAUGACUUUAUUGUUAAAGGGAGCUGCUUUUGCAACGGACAUGCAGAUCACUGUGUUCCGAUAGAUGGAUUUCGACAAGCCCGGACAACCAGCAAACUCCAGGUGGUCCAUGGGCGAUGUAUUUGCAAGCACAAUACAGCAGGACCCCACUGUGAGCACUGUGCUCCCCUAUAUAAUGACCAGCCUUGGAGAGCAGCAAAUGGCAAAACUGGGGAACCUAACAUGUGUAAAAAGUGUAAAUGUAACGGCCAUGCUGAGAGCUGUCAUUUUGACAUGGAUGUGUGGCUGGCAUCAGGCAACCGAAGUGGAGGAGUAUGUGACAACUGUCAGCACAACACAGAAGGUAUACACUGCCAGAGAUGUAUGUCAGGUUGCUUCCGAGAUUUAAGGAUCCCCUUCUCAUCACCAGAUGCCUGCAAAGCAUGUUCCUGUCACCCAGUUGGAUCAGCAAAAAUCUCCUCUAGUACACACACAUUAUGUGACCCUCAUACUGGAAACUGCCCUUGCAAGCCUGGUGUAGCUGGCCCCACAUGUGAUCAGUGUAUGGUUGGAUAUUGGGGUUUCGGUGAAUAUGGUUGUAGACCAUGUGCUUGCGCAGGAAACUGUGAUCCUUUAACUGGAGACUGUAUGGCCAACUUGGAAAUAGACUGGUAUCAUGGUCCUGAUUUCCUUUCAAAUGAACAAGGAUUUUCCGCUCUUCGACAUACAGGAAAAUGUGAGUGCAAAGAUCAAGUAUUAGAAAAUCCAAAGGUUUUCUGUGAUAUGAGAUACUCCUAUGUGCUUAAAGUGAAGAUAAUGUCAGCUCAUGACAGGGGUUCCCAUGCAGAAGUGAAUGUGAAAAUUAAAAAAGUUUUGAAAAUGACAAAACUGAAGAUUCCACGUGGAAAGAGAACACUGUACCCAGAAUCAUGGACAAAUCGGGGCUGUACCUGUCCCAUCCUUAAUCCAGGUCUAGAAUAUCUAGUGGCUGGAUAUGAAGAUGUGCGCACAGGUCGUCUCAUUGUGAACAUGAAAAGUUAUGUCCAACUCUGGAAACCGUCUCUUGGCAAGAAAGUAACAGAGAUACUAAAGAAAGAAUGCAUUUGAGACAAAUUACUGAAUACAGAAGUACUAUAUUGUAUUUAUUGACCAGUUUAGUCAACAGAUGCACAUAAAGAUGCUGCACAGCAACUCCAUGCUCCUGACCUUCACCUGUAUGCAUUACAGGCUCAUAUACAUAUGUUUUACAGCCAAUUGGUCCUCCCCUACUCUGAUGCAUGUGCAGCAUAACAGCAGGAUAUUACACUUUAAAAUGGAUUUUUAAAGCUAAAUUUAAUUUGAAUGCAGAUGCGGAAAUGUAUGAGCUAAAGCUUCUAUAUUCUGCAUACGUGUUAUUUAAUUGAAGGUACAAAAGGAAAACUUGGACUGUUUGUAUUGAGGUAGUGUUUCACAUGACCUCCUUAAAUGUAAAUAGCAUUUUUAAGAAGCACUUUACUAAUUGUUUUUGUUUUUUUAUCUGUUGAACAAGACUACGGUGUUUAGAGAGCUACCGAAAUGAAAUGACACUAGAGACACCUUAAAACAGUUUCUGCUUUUUAUAUGUAUUUAUGUUUUAUAGUCAUUUCAUGUUACCAGAGAUAAAAGGAGACAAUGGACAUUAAUAUGUGUUGUAUUCUUCAUUUUUGAGCAGUGUUCAUUUCCAAUCAUGUUUCUACUUGUGGAAGCUACAAUUCCCUUCAGGACUGUGGAGAAUGAUCUUCCUCCCACCCAGCGGUCGCUCCUUUCAUUGAAGCACAGACAGGCUCCCUUUGAACACCUGACUUGUGAUGUAAUAUCUUGGGUCGCAUUGCAACCUGGGAAAAGCCUGAGACAACACUCAUUUUGUAUGCUGCUAAGGCUCCUUUCACACUAUGAGCAUUCAUCCGUUAUUAACCCCUUAAUGACCACGGACGUAAAUGUACGUCCUGGUUUGGCGGUACUUCGCGCACUAGGAUGUACAUUUACGUCCCGUGUAUGACCGCGAGUAUCGGAGCGGUGCUCGCGUCAUACACGGCAGGUUCCGGCUGCUAUCAAUAAUGGUCAACAUCCGCGAUCGCGCAGAUGUCCGCCAUUAACCCCUCAAAUGCCGUGAUCAGUACACGGCAUCUGCGGUAAUGCACAUGUUAAAAUAGGUAAUCGGAUCGCCCGCAGCACUGCCGUGGCGAUUCGAUCAUCCGUAAUGGCGGACGGAGGUCCCCUCACCUGCCUCUAUCCAUCUCCCGGCAUCUCCUGCUCUGGUCUGAGAUCGAGCUGACCAGAGCAGAAGAUAGCCGGUAAUACUGAUUAGUGCUGUGCUGUAUACAUAGCACUGAACAGUAUUAGCAAUCAAAUGAUUGCUAUA